UGCGUCAACCACAGUCUUAAGAUUCAGCAAUUCCUCUUCAUGGUCUUCUUCAUUGUCUACCUGAUGACCUGCUUGGGAAACAUCACCAUCCUCACCACUGUUAUCACUGACUGCCACUUGCACACACCCAUGUACUUCUUCCUGGCAGACUUAGCAUUCACAGAUAUCACCGAAUCAUCAGUAAAUACUCCCAUUCUGUUGUCAGGUCUCCUCUCCCAGCACAAAACUGUUCUAUUCAAGGAGUGCAUCCUUCACAUGUUUUUCUUCCACUUCAUUGGUGGUGCUUAUGUGUUCCUUCUUGUAGUGAUGGCAGCUGAUCGGUAUGUCACUAUCCGUAAGCCCUUGCAGUACUUGACCAUGAACCGUGAGGUGUGUGUAGGUCUAGUGGCAGGGGCAUGGGCAGGGGGAUUUAUACUGUUGCAGAUUGCUCUGCUUCUCCCUUUGCCUUACUGUGGUCCUAACACCCUGGACAAUUUCCACUGUGAUGUUCCACAAGUACUGAAAGUGGCUUGCAUUGACACCUACCUGUCGGAGCUGCUGAUGAUCUCAAAUGGUGGACUGCUCCUCAUAGUAAUUUUUGUCUUGUUCCUCAUUUCAUACACUGUCAUUUCAGUCAAGAUAGGGAGGCAAGUCACUGAAGGAAAGAACAAAGCUUCAUCUACCUGCAUAGCCCAGAUAAUGGCAAUAAGCAUAAUCUAUGCUCGGCCCUUCAUGACAUUCGAACUGGACAAAGUGGCCUCCAUCUUCUUCACUAUGCUUGUUCUAGUGCUGAAUCCUGUGGUCUAUACCCUGAGAAAUACUGAAAUGAAAAAGGCCAUCAGGAGACUUGUUUCUAGGGUCACGAGAGAUUCUUCCCAGGUUUAA